AUGGCGGCAACAACGCGCCCCUUCAGAAACACCAUCGACCGCCUCGACAAGCCCAGCGCAUACUACACUGCACGAAACAAACGCCGCAACCGCGACGAAGAAGACGCCCAGCCAGAAGCCCCCCAGGUCGACCCUCUCGCCAACGCUACAACCCUCUACGUGGGCAACCUUUCCUUCUACACGACCGAAGAGCAAGUCUAUGCGCUCUUCUCGAAAUGCGGCGAGAUCAAGCGCCUCAUCAUGGGCCUUGAUCGCUUCACAAAGACGCCUUGUGGCUUCUGCUUUGUGGAGUACUACACCCACCAGGACGCGCUGGAUUGCAUGAAGUACGUUGGUGGGACAAAACUGGACGAGCGCAUCAUUCGCACGGAUCUAGACCCCGGAUUCGAAGAGGGCCGUCAGUACGGACGUGGUAAGAGCGGCGGACAAGUGCGAGAUGAGUACCGUGAGGACUACGACGAGGGGCGAGGUGGCGUUGGCCGAGCCAUCCAGGACGAGAGGAUGAGAGACUACGAUGAAGAGGGUAGAUAUGUGCGAUAA